AGGGGGAGUCUGUUUAAUGACACGGCUGGGUCUGGUUACAAACAUCAGAAACUACAAAAGGACAGGCAGUUACACGCAUGGCUGCACGAGCAUGGGACAGGAGGGGACACGGCACAGAAGCCACAGUAGCCAGACAUCCUUGCGGAUGGCACACGUGACCAAGGGGCACACACGGGGGGGUUCCCCAGCAACUCUGACCCCGAUGGGUGGACAGGUCCAACUGGCAGCCAGCAGCCGGGGGGCGGGGAGGGAAGGCCCUCGGCCCGCAGGGCUGCAGGAUGGGACGGAGGCAUCUGGCCUGUCAUCACUGACAGCAGCGUGGAGCCCCACUCCCACUGGGCUCCUAGCAGCAAAGGCAGAUGGGGCUGGCAUUCGAGGUUUCUGCACCAGGGCCCCUUCCCCGGUGCGGUCCUCCUGUCCCACACUGCUGGCCCCUCGGUCUGCCCUUGCCCAUGCUGGAGCAAGUCAGGGAGCCACAUCCUUUCUGGGGCGGGGGGAGAGGGGGAAAGCCAAAUCCUUUUUACCUAGAAGUGGAAAGCAGGAAUGUGCGGAGCUGGUUGGAGAAAGGGCUGGACUCUGCUGGCCAGCUGGGUCACCCCCACCCUGCCCACCCAGGCCCUUGGGUCACCCUCACCCUGCCCACAGGCGUAGAUUCUCUCUGUGCUGAGAUGGGACCCCCGUCUCUGCCAGAACACGCUGUCUUCUGCCCAGAAGCAUGACCAGGACCCCUCCGUGCCCCACACGCAGAUGGGCAAAACCAAGGCUUCACAUGUGCCUCUGGGCCCC